UCCUCUAUGUGGUUGGUUCCUAACUCUACUGAGGUAGAGCUGCUUUUCGGCGUGACCUGUAACUUUUUUAUAACUAUGGCAUCUGGCUGUACAAGUGAAGAUCUUUUCGACGCUAUUAUAAUGGCCGACGACAGGUUCCAUGACGAGGGCUUCCAGGAGGGUUUUGACAAAGGGACCCGUCAGGGGCUUAUUGAAGGGAGAAACCAUGGAGCCACACAUGGGGCCAGACUGUCUGCAGAGCUCUCUUUUUACUAUGGGUUUGCUUUCACUUGGAAGUGCAUCUUUCAGGAUAGCCCUGAACCCAGAACAAGGAAGAAACUAAAGGCUCUGGAGAACCUGCUAGCACUGAUUCAGAGCUUCCCUCAUGAUGACCCUCAGUAUGGAAACCUGCAGGAGGAUGUGGGCAAGGUCCGUGCGAAGUUCCGACAGGUGUGCUCCCUGGUAAACGUGCCGUCUGAUUUCCGGGACUAUGUCAGUAAAGGAGAGGAAAUGUCCUUCUGAGGGAACCUGAUUGCUGCAUCAGGGCUGUUGCAGAUCCUUUACUAUCAGGUGGGGCUGCCUUCAGAGGCUCACAGGGAAGCCCAGAGGGUGUGUGGUGUGGAGUGUGGUGUGUCUAGAAAGUGCUGGAUCUGGAUAGACAGAAGGGCGCCGAGCUGGAGCUGGAGGUGGAGAUGCCCAAGCCCAUGCUCAUGGGAUCUCCUGCUCUGAUAUGUGGUUAUGCCUAACAUGUGGAUAACCACACUUGUAUGGCAGUGUCUUUGAGUCUCCGGCUCAGGAGUUUGUGGUGUUUUAUUUUCAAUUAAAACUAAUCACGAUGUCUCAAUUGCAGUACUAUCGUUUGCCUUUGCGCUGGUAUGGGAAUGAGGUGAAUGUUGAAACUUGGGUCUCAUUUACACCUGUCAGA